GGAGGAAGCGCUAGAACGUGCCAGUGCAGUUCUGUCACGAGCUCCGUCCGGCUACACCGACCGAACGUAAAGUCUCGUACGCUAUUGACGACUUUAUAUAACAAAUAGUUAUAUUUUCUCGAGAAACAGAUCUGUCAGUUUGGCUCGUCAGCAAGCAGGAUUUCCUGUUGUGGCCAUUUGGGUGAUGUAUUCUAACAUUUGAUAGAGCUAGCCAGCUCGCUAGCUGUUUGGCUAGCUUGCCGUGCGUGACUCGCAGUCAGAGAGAUAUCAAUUUCUAUUUUAACGCAGUCGACAUUUAGGUGUUUAACCAUAUAUUACCACAAAUACGUACUUUUUUAUUUAGUGCCGCAACUAAAGCGUAUGACUGUCCCUCCCAUUGAAGAGAGUUGAUGGGAUUGAAUGAAUUAGCGAGCGGAAACACCAAUCGUUCUGACUAACGUUACCGAGCUUCACUCUUCACCACUGCAUUCAACGCUCAUAUUAUAACCACACAAAUUUGCUAAAUUAUUAGCGUUAAAACUCAAAACUAAAUUCAUAGCUUUGCCAGCUAGUGUCCGUGUUAGUUAGCCCGCUAGCUCGGUGUGUUUGAACUCUCCCACCGCCUAAUAAACCUGCACCUCUGACCAUCUGCAAGUAAUUUGUUUCGUGUUGAGGCCGGUUUGAAGAAAAAACCCUGCAAACAUGCCGGCUGUGUCGAAGGGAGACGGAAUGCGAGGAUUAGCGGUGUUCAUUUCGGACAUCCGAAAUUGUAAGAGUAAGGAAGCUGAGAUCAAGCGCAUAAAUAAAGAGUUAGCCAACAUCCGCUCAAAGUUUAAAGGGGACAAAGCUUUGGAUGGAUACAGCAAGAAGAAAUAUGUGUGCAAGCUGCUCUUCAUCUUCCUCCUGGGCCAUGACAUUGACUUCGGCCACAUGGAGGCUGUCAACCUGCUCAGCUCCAACAAGUACACAGAGAAACAGAUUGGUUAUCUGUUCAUCUCUGUGCUGGUGAACAGCAACAGCGAACUGAUUCGGCUGAUUAACAAUGCCAUCAAGAAUGACCUGUCCAGCAGAAACCCCACCUUCAUGUGUCUGGCUCUGCACUGUAUCGCCAACGUGGGCAGCAGAGAGAUGGCUGAGGCCUUCGCCGGAGAGAUCCCACGCAUCCUUGUGGCUGGGGACACAAUGGAUAGCGUGAAGCAGUCGGCAGCUCUGUGUCUGCUCCGCCUGUAUAAGACCUCCCCAGAUCUUGUGCUCAUGGGAGAAUGGACCUCUAGAGUUGUGCACCUGCUGAACGACCAGCACAUGGGUGUGGUCACUGCUGCAAUCUCCUUGAUCACCUGUCUCAGCCAGAAGAACCCUGAUGAGUUCAAGACCUGCGUGUCACUCGCUGUGUCUCGUCUCAGCAGGAUUGUGUCCUCAGCCUCCACUGACCUGCAGGACUACACCUAUUACUUUGUUCCUGCACCGUGGUUGUCCUGCAAGCUGCUUCGGCUGCUGCAGUGCUACCCGCCACCCGAGGAUGGCGCUGUGAAGGGACGACUUGUGGAGUGUUUGGAGACCAUCCUUAACAAAGCCCAAGAGCCACCUAAGUCCAAGAAGGUUCAGCACUCCAACGCCAAGAACGCCAUCCUGUUUGAAGCCAUCUCUCUCAUCAUUCACUAUGACAGUGAGCCGAAUCUUCUUGUGCGGGCGUGUAAUCAGCUGGGGCAGUUCUUACAGCACAGAGAGACUAACCUGCGCUACCUGGCCUUGGAAAGCAUGUGCACACUUGCCAGCUCUGAGUUUUCCCAUGAGGCAGUCAAAACACACAUUGAGACAGUCAUUAAUGCUUUGAAGACUGAGAGAGACGUCAGCGUGCGCCAGAGAGCUGCUGACCUCCUCUAUGCCAUGUGCGACCGCAGCAACGCCAAGCAGAUCGUGGCAGAGAUGCUGAGUUACCUGGAUACGGCUGACUACUCUAUUAGGGAGGAGAUGGUGCUGAAAGUUGCAAUCUUGGCAGAGAAAUAUGCAGUAGACUAUUCCUGGUAUGUGGACACCAUUCUGAACCUAAUCCGCAUUGCUGGGGAUUACGUCAGCGAAGAAGUGUGGUACCGUGUCAUCCAGAUUGUCAUCAACCGCGAUGAUGUGCAGGGCUAUGCCGCCAAGACAGUCUUUGAGGCUUUGCAGGCUCCGGCGUGUCAUGAAAAUAUGGUGAAAGUUGGAGGAUACAUCCUGGGAGAAUUUGGUAACCUGAUUGCUGGAGAUCCUCGUUCCAGUCCUCUGGUUCAGUUUAACCUGCUCCACUCCAAGUUUCACCUGUGUUCCGUUCCCACGCGUGCCCUGCUGCUUUCUGCCUAUAUUAAGUUCAUUAAUCUGUUCCCGGAGACCAAAAGCACCAUUCAGGAAGUGCUGCGCUCUGACAGCCAGAUCAGGAACAGUGAUGUGGAGCUACAACAGAGAGCUGUGGAGUAUCUCAAGCUGUCCUCUAUCGCCAGCACCGACGUACUGGCCACAGUGCUGGAGGAGAUGCCUCCAUUCCCAGAGAGAGAGUCGUCCAUUCUAGCCAAGCUGAAAAAGAAAAAGGGUCCAGGGGCUGUUUCUGUGAAUGAGCUGGAGGAGGGAAAAAGAGAGGGAGGAGAACUCAAUGGAGGGGGAGAGAGAGGCGGAGACAACUCUGCUAUUGCCGCAUCGAAUGCUUCCACUCCGUCCCCAUCUGCCGAUCUUCUGGGGCUCCGCACGGGUCUACCUGUGAGUGCUGCUCCUCCCAGUGCUGGCAGCUUAUUGGUCGAUGUUUUCUCAGAGGCCGGCGUCAAUGAUGACGGUUUCCUGAGAGAUCUGGAACCUCCCACUGAAAGCUCUGACUCCCUAUUGGCUGAGGGUCCUGGUGACUCUGACUCUACACCUCCUCCUCCCCCUUCUGUGGUGUCUGAAGAACCUGCUCCUCCUCUGCCUGAGUCAGAUGAACUGCUCAACAAGUUUGUGUGCAAGAACAAUGGAGUUCUGUUUGAGAAUCAGUUGCUACAGAUCGGCAUUAAGUCUGAAUAUCGCCAGAACCUGGGGCGGAUGUAUCUGUUCUACGGCAAUAAGACAUCAGUGCAGUUUUUGACAUUCACUACCACAGUAACCUGCCCUGGAGAGCUACAGUCUCAGCUCAAUGUUCAGGCUAAACCCGUGGAGCCUCUCAUAGAAGGAGGUGCUCAGGUGCAGCAGGUCAUCAACAUCGAGAGUCUAACGGACUUCUGUGAUGCACCGCUCCUCAACAUCAAGUUCAGGUAUGGUGGAGCUCUCCAGAAUCUCACUCUCAAGUUGCCGGUUACCAUAAACAAGUUCUUCCAGCCCACAGAGAUGGCAUCACAUGACUUCUUUCAGCGCUGGAAACAGCUCAGCCAGCCUCAGCAAGAAGCACAGAAGAUCUUCAAGGCCAACAAUGCCAUGGACACCGAAGUACUCAAAGCUAAGUUGCUGGGAUUGGGCAUGGCUCUCUUGGAGAACGUAGAUCCAAACCCGGAGAACUUUGUGUGUGCUGGAGUGAUCCAAUCCAAGGCCCAGCAAGUUGGUUCCCUGCUGAGACUCGAGCCCAAUGCACAUGCUCAGAUGUACCGGUUGACCGUGCGCAGCAGUAAGGACACAGUCUCCAAGCGUCUUUGUGAGCUGCUGGCGGAACAGUUCUAGAAAAUGAGACCGGCGCCAUCUAGAACCGACACCCAGACCAGCGUUUCACUCAAAAGACCCCAGAAUAAAGAUUCAACGAAAGCAUUCAUGCAUAAGGGAAAAAGUAGCUGUCAGCCUUUGGCAGCCCUAUUACUGUCCUUCUGAUCAAUAUUAUUACUGUUGUUAUCAUCAGCGCUGCCCUUGUUUUUAAUUGGUGUUUACCUGUGUGUAAGCAGUGGAAUGAAAGGAAGCGCGUGUGUGUUUUUUCGUACGUGUGUGUGAAAGUGUCAUGGUGAUAGUUCUGUUCUCUGUCCUGCCUGUUAAACGAUCAGUUCCUGUGCUUGUGUUGACAGCUGGUAUGUGUUGUGGGGUACAGAAGAUGAUAGAAGUGGAGAAAGUCUUCCCUCUCUCCUGUUUUAUCCAUGAAAUUUCAACCCUGAGGCAUUCGUAAAAAUUAGUCUGCACAUUAGCUGUUUCUUUGGAACAUUCCCUGUUAGCCAGUUAUUGAGUGUACUGCGUAAGGCUAUUAGCAGGACAGAAAAACACAAUCUUAAAUACACUAAAGCAGUGGCACUUCCUUAAGAGGCCAGAAUCACUAAUCCCUUCCCUUUAGCUGUCAUGUUCCUCUACUAAAAUUAGUCAGAUCCUGUAAUCCAAAGCCAUUGGUGUACAUAGAAAAAUAAAAGAAUAUAUUUCAGAAGUAUCCAACAAGCAUUUCCAAUGUAUUCCACCAAGUUUCUUCUGAUGGCCAGUGCACUUUAAGAGGCUUUGAGAGGAAAGGCUUUUAUAGUCCCAACCCUGCCCCCUUUCUUGUUCUUGUCCUAUGUAUUCAGUACUCGUCCUGACCCCGGAGACAAUGUUUAUUGAAAAAAUCUCUCUAUAUAUAAAUAUAUAUAUAAACAAUGUAAAUGAUUACCCUUAAUGGUUGCAUUUGUAUGUCUCUUUAUUGUUUUUGAUAGUAGUAUAUUUUCAGUGUGUUUGUAUGCUUAAGAGUUUGUGCUCUUAUUUUUUUGGACAUUCCAUUCUGUGCUAUGAGUGAGUGGGCUUAAUGUUUCAGGUUUGUCGUGCAGUGUUAAAUAAGGUGGGAACUAGAAUAAGAGAGAAAGUGAGGCAGGGGGUCUGCAGGUGUGCGUGUAUGUGUAUCUGCACAUGAAGAGUGCAACAUCAGUGGAUCUACAUUUACAUGCAUUUUUUGUAAUAUCUUAAAAUGUGUAAAAAGUCCUCCAAUACAGUUAUUGACUGAAUUGAAUAUUAGAUGGUGGUUACCUCAUUACUAAAUCCUUUCACAAUACACACAACUAACUUGUUGAGUGGUGUGUGGCCACCACUGGAGAUCCAUGUUUCUUUUCGCAGCAAUUAAACCUGGGAAAGCACUUGGUUUGUGAGACAGAGAAAUUUGUCGCAUGCACACAGUUGUACACACACCCACACAUUUUUAGGCUUAAGAGGACGGGGGCUUAGGGGCUCAAUGGACCAAAGCAGCUGCCAACUGUCAAUCACAUACAGGGAUCUUAAUGAUUUUGGUCAGCAUUGUUUGGUGAGCGAAUGUGUGAUCCAUGUAAAAAAUAUGAAAUUUAUGGGACACUGUCAUUAGAUAUGGGGUCAUGCUGCCCUCAGUGCAGUAUGGGGACAUUGUCGUUGUAGUUGAGUAGAGUCAGUCAUGGUGUGUGUGUUUCUCUGUGGGAGCGUGUGUGUAUAUGCAAUAUCCGCUAGCUAAUGCAGCCCCAGUGUAUCGCUGUUCAACCUGUCAGAUACCCGUGUUAGAUUCAAUUUACUCUGUACUGAAUAAUGUGAAAGUAAAAUUAUGCCAUAUACUCGAACCAGGUGUUUUCAUUGUGUGUGUUACUUGGGCACUGAGAUCAAGUGGACUGGCAGAUAUAAAGCACAAAUUAACAACUUGUGUAAAAUGUAAGUUAUUGUACACUGUAUAAAAUAAUGCAACGUUUUAAAUAACCUGUAUUGGAUGAACAAUGUAAAAAGUGUAGGGUCAAUGCAUUGUGCACUUUUUUGCAGCUAAAAAGUGAAGUAAAAAUGUGCAUUUGGAUCAGCUAACCAUACAACCAAAUACAAUAAAUUAACAAAAAUGUAUACAAUGUAAUUAUAAUACUGGUUUUCAUCGCAAAGUACAUGUAGCCUAAUUCAAUAUUGCACACAAAUGAACUACGCGUUUUGAAUCAUAUAUUUUGCUUACGAGUGAAAGAAAUGGGACAUUUGAUGGACGUCUAUAGAAUUAAUGGGAAGUCUCAUCUGCAUUGCACUCUGUUUGCAAUCGUUGCAUGUUUAUCUGUCUGAAGAGCCACAGAGAGAUGACGGCUCGCUGAAUUAAAACACGAUGCAUCACAAUAAAAAUGCCGAGGUCUUCAAGACAAAUUGAUGAUGGCGAACAAAUAGAGCGUGCCCGCGCGCGCGUCACAGCGCAACCCUGCACGCCGAUUGGCUGAAAAUGACAUCACACAGAAUUGUACUAUUCUUAGCUUGUGGAAACGGGAUGACCUCAUCUUUUUCCUCCCUCGCGCAGGUAUAGACAUACAACAACAAAUAAUGUUAGAGGCGCAGACACAGCGGAGAUGAACACUGGAGCACAGCUCGGACGAGGAGAGAUAAAUUAACUAUUUAUAAUUGAAUAUAUGUAGAUUUCUCAAUACGUGCGUUGUUUCACUUCUCUUUUGUGCUGUUUACACAUUCGUCCAACCGCUUCGUGGGACUUUUACAAAAAAAAUAUUAUUUCUGCGGACUCUGCUGAUUGAAUACAUUAUCAGUGUAUCUGGUUUUCAGAUUCAUCAAACCGAAUAAAGAAAAACAAUAAGGAGAUGGUGUACUACAGGAAUAGUGAGUCCGAGCGACCACCGGUGUCGCGUAUUCUGCCGCAUCUCUACCUUGGUGCAGAGACUGACGUAACGCAGGAUGGAUUAUCGGACCGAGGCAUCUCAUACGUACUAAGCGUAAGCCGAUGUUGUCCACAGCCUUCAUUUCUACCCCAGUCCCAGUACCUCCGUAUCCCAAUAGACGACUCCCUCAGGGAUGACCUGCUUCCAUGGAUCCCUCGGGCGUUGCACUUCAUUGAUGGGGCGAUGUCACUUGGCUGCUCAGUCCUGGUCCACUGUGCAGCAGGAAUCUCUCGGUCUCCAGCGCUCGCUGUUGCAUAUGUUAUGUAUAGCAUGAAAAUGGACCUUGAUCACGCAUACAGGUUUGUAAAAGAACGUAGACCUACAAUUUCACCGAACUUUAAUUUCCUGGGACAGCUGCAGUUGUUCCAGGAAACACUUCCUUUGAAGAACAACACAAACUUCACUCAGCAGUCAGCGAAACCUUUGGAUAAUUGCCUACAGGCCACCAACGAAGAAAACCUGAACAGUUCUGCAGCACCACUGUUAACCAACUUGAACCUUCAAAGCAACAACUGCAUCAUUUAUAGACAGACUGACGAUGUGAACUGUGAGAAUAGGAACAACCAAUUAGAAAAUAUUCACAGCCAACACCAUGAAAUGAUAAAGCCAGAGUUGACCUUAUCUCUUUCCGACAAACUUGGAUCUCUCACUCUCCACACAAAUUCUGAUGAAGUACAAAGACCAAUCAUCCCAUGUCAGACACAGCAGGGAGCACCAAAGUCCAUCCCACCAAAACCCACCUGCUUACAAAUUCCGUCUGCUCGCAUUUCUCUAGCAGAGAAACGCAAAUGUCUCACUCUUUCCCUGACACCAGUGAGUGCGGGUCCUCAGGCUCACCACAAGGUGUCAACAGCAAACAGUAGUGAUCUGAAGCAGAGCUCGACAUGCAGUUCUUCUUUUGAUCAAAAGGGGGCGUUUGGCGGCCUGGGUAGAGCCAACAAGGAGCGGCCUGCUGCAGAAACAAGAACAGAACCAAAGGAAGCAAACAAGAGCCGCAGGGAGGCCUCAGCUAGACACAGCUGCUCAAGAUCGCAUAAGAAAAAGAGUAAAUUAAACGGCAGCAGAGCUAAGGAGGAGCUACCAAAAGCAAAAACAAACCUAUUGAAACCCGAGGACAUUUCAAGCACCAGAUCACAAAGGCAGAUCCAGGGGGGCGUCACGACUCCCCCUCAGGAGGUUUUAGAGAGGGAAGUGACUGGUGGUGUAGAAGCAGUGGAGAGUAUGGAUGGAAACCAGAGCCCCUUGUCUCCAGUCAGCCUAACGGUCAACAAAAUCCUAGACUGGGGUGAGCGAAUGCUGCUCGGUGUCCUGCUUGGUCCCCGUAUUAAAAUGGGACAGGCUGCUUUGCCGUACAGAUGUUGAGGAAGGACUGGUUGUAUGCAAUGCGCUGUUUAAAGAUACAGAACUGUGGAACUGUUCUGUACCUUUGAGCAAAAGGGAACUUAAAUGAAGAAGUUGACAUUAUAGCUGAAAAAGCAUAUAUAAGUUAUUUAUUUGAUUAAAUCGCAUGUUCAUUCACUACAUGACAGACACAGACGAGCUGAUCUGUCAGCUUGACUCUUCAGUGAUGUGUUUAGUUACCAAAUGACUUGCAGUUUGUUCUGUUACAAUGCACAGCUUGCUGUGAAUUUAUUUAUUAAAAUACAUUGAAUCUUGCUAUUUAUAAAGGAGUAUUUUGUGGAUGGAAUUUUAACACGAUGUAUUGACAACAAGUGUUCAUUAAAGGCUAUUUUACUUUC